AUGGAUCUCAAUAGCUUGAAGGAUCAAGUGAGCAACCUCACGCUCUACGACCUCAAGGCGGGAUUCCGCAAGGCCCAAAAUGCGGUGAUGAACUACACAGAGAUGGAGGCCAAGGUCCGCGAGGCAACAAACAAUGAGCCAUGGGGUGCAUCAUCGACCAUGCUACAGGAGAUUGCCAAUGGAACCUUCAACUACCAACUACUGAACGAGAUCAUGCCCAUGAUCUACAAGCGCUUCACAGAGAAGGCUUCGGAAGAAUGGAGACAGAUCUACAAGGCCCUGCAACUCCUCGAAUACCUGAUCAAGAACGGUUCAGAACGAGUCAUUGACGAUGCGCGCUCUCACGUCUCGCUCCUCAAGAUGCUACGGCAGUUCCACUUCAUUGACCAGAACGGCAAAGACCAGGGCAUUAACGUACGCAAUCGCGCCAAGGAGCUCGCCGAACUUCUUAGCGAUGUCGACCGCAUCCGCACCGAGCGCAAGAAGGCGCGAGCGAACCGAAACAAGUUUGGUGGUGUCGAGGGCGGAGCCGGCAUCGGCAUGGGUGGCUUCUCAGGAAGCGGUAGCGGGGGUGGUAGCAGGUACGGAGGGUUUGGCAGUGAGCAGGCAGACUAUGGUGGCUACAGAGGAGAGGUCUAUGGCGACGGCGGUGGCUUUGGAGGCAACCAAUCUGGCUUCGCAGACACACAACAGCGACGCGACAAGUUUGACGAGUACGAUGAGUACGACGAGGGCGAAAGUGCUAGCCCAGCACCAGCGCGGCGGAGAGAACCCACAACCACGCACGCGAGGAAAGAACCCAAGAAGGAGGAGCCUAAGCCGAAAGCACCAGAGCCCGUUGUCGACUUGCUCGCUUUUGACGAUGAGCCUGCGCCCAUGUCGACUUCAGCAGGAUAG